AUGCAGAAAGAUUGGUGGCAACCUCCAGCUGGUCAUCAUCGUUACUGCAUCAGACAUGUUUUGAGUAAUUAUAAAAAGACAUUCAAAAAUGCAGCAAUAAAAGAAGCGUUGCGCAAGGCAACGAAUGAAAAUCAGAAAAGAAAGUUUUACGAGACAAUAAACAAUAUUCGGGAGGUGCACCAUGAAUCAUAUAAUUGGGCAGUGAAGAUAAAUUUAGAUAAGUGGACGAGAUCACACGAUGGUGGACAGAGGUAUGGCGUGAUGACAAAAAACAUGGCAAAAUCCCUAAAUGGCAUGAUGAAAAGAUUUCGAGCAUUGCCAAUAACGGCAAUGGUUGAAAAAAUAUUUUUCCAGCAAAAGCAAGUGGUCAAACUCAUGGACCAAACAUGCACAUGUGGCAAAUUUCAGGAGUUAAGGAUACCAUGUUUCCAUGCUAUUGCUGCAUGCAUGUCACAUUCAAUUGACUACGAACAAUUUGUAUCUGAGUAUUAUAAAUUGGAUAGUACUAUCCAAUGUUACGCGUAUACGUUCCAUCCUCUUGGACAUCCUGACUAUUGGCCUGCAGCAGAUGGACUUCCUCUCGUGCCUGACAUUUCUAGAACAAGGAAGAAGGGACAACCAAGAUCUCCUAGAAUACGUAAUGAGAUGGACUGGAGGUCAAACAAAAUAAAAGAAACAUCCAGAGUCCAUUGUUCCAUAUGUGGCAGGGUGGAACAUAAUAAGAAAAUUUGUAUGGGUGGGGAAUUAGGUAGAUAA